CAGAGCAACCGCGGUCCGUCAGCUCCCUCUUUCUCCCAGCGCGACCGGCUCGAGCAGUAUACGACCUCCUCGCCUUCGUCCCCGCCGCGCCAUCAAAACCCUAGGCGCCGCCGGCGAGGUAGGAGCCCACUUUAUCAGCCAUGUUUGGGCGCAUGCCACCAAGGAAGGCCAGCAACAACACCAAGUACUACGAGGUGCUUGGUGUAUCCAAGACAGCGACCCCGGAUGAGCUGAAGAAGGCUUACCGUAAAGCUGCUAUCAAGAACCAUCCCGACAAGGGUGGAGACCCUGAGAAGUUUAAAGAAUUGGCGCAGGCUUAUGAGGUCCUUAAUGACCCCGAGAAGAGGGAAAUUUAUGACCAGUAUGGAGAAGAUGCCCUCAAGGAAGGAAUGGGAGGAGGCGGCGGUGCUGAUAUGCAUAGUCCUUUCGACAUAUUUGAACAACUAUUUGGAGGUGGUGGUGGCUUUGGCGGUGGUAGCUCAAGAGGACGCAGACAAAAGCGUGGGGAAGAUGUGGUGCAUACUAUGAAGGUUUCCUUGGAAGACCUAUACAAUGGAGCUACCAAAAAGCUAUCUUUGUCACGUAAUGUUCUUUGUGGAAAGUGCAAAGGGAAAGGAUCCAAGAGUGGGGCAACGGCUACUUGCUCUGGUUGUCGUGGUGCUGGAAUGAGGAUGAUAACAAGACAGAUAGGACCUGGCAUGAUUCAACAGAUGAAUACUGUUUGCCCUGAAUGCAGAGGAAAAGGUGAGAUGAUAAAUGACAAGGAUCGAUGUCAAAGCUGCAAAGGGAACAAAUUAGCCCAGGAGAAGAAGGUUUUGGAAGUUCAUGUGGAGAAAGGAAUGCAACAUGGCCAAAAGAUUGUAUUCCAGGGUGAAGCUGAUGAAGCUCCUGAUACAGUUACUGGAGACAUAGUUUUCGUCCUGCAACUUAAAGAACACCCAAAGUUCAAGAGGAAGUCCGAGGACCUAUUCGUUGAGCAUACAAUCUCUCUUACGGAGGCUCUCUGUGGCUUCCAGUUUGUUCUGACUCAUCUUGAUGGUCGGCAGCUUCUUAUUAAGUCCAGUCCUGGGGAGAUCAUAAAGCCUGGUCAACACAAGGCCAUCAAUGACGAGGGCAUGCCUCAGCAUGGCCGGCCAUUCAUGAAAGGCAGGCUGUUUGUUGAGUUCAACGUCCAGUUCCCUGAGCCUGGAGUACUGAGCCCUGCCCAGUGCAAAUCACUGGAGAAGAUUCUGCCGCCAAGGCCAAGCCAAUCGUCCGACAUGGAGCUGGAUGAGUGCGAGGAGACCACCAUGCACGACGUGAAUAUCGAAGAGGAGAUGAGGCGCAGGCAGAACCAGAGGCGGCAGGAAGCCUAUGACGACGAGGAGGAGGAUGAUGGUGCACCAAGAGGGGUACAGUGUGCCCAGCAGUAAGGGGCAUGUCUAGCAAUUCAGGGUGCUUGGUUAAGCGCGUUGUCUGCAUUUGUCAAACUCUCAUUCUAUUAUUGUUCCUUUUAAUUUACCUGUCAAGUAGCGAUAUUGUUAUUUUUUUUUGCUGUAUUGAAACUGCAAGUUGUUAGCCAUAAUCAUUCAUACUAGCUAUGUUGGCCUAAUGCCUGCUGUGUUGUACUACUUCUGAAUCUAGACUUUGAGCUGGUAACUUUGUUUGCUCACUCUAGUAAAGCUUCGUGAACACAAUUUCAUCUA